GUAAACUGAAAAUACAAACUUUCAAGUUGAGUUUGUAAACUAUUUUUUCAUACAUGUAUUUAACACCACAUUCUACUUAAAUCAAGGACAUACAUUACCUAUGUGUAUCAUAUGUAGAACUUUUUACCUCAGCCAAAAACAGUCCUCUCAGGGCACUUAACCAAUUAUUCACUCCCCUCAGCCACAGUCUCUAUACUGUAUAUAUUGUAAUACAGUAGCUGUUUUGGUGUCGGAAGUGUAUUUUCGUCAGUGUUCUUCCACUGCCAUGUCCACAAUGGGGGAUACAGAAUUUGAUGCUACACCUGUAUAUAGUUGUUGUGUAGAUGCCAGAACACCAGGACUUCAUGGGUAUAUCAACAGAAUAAGUAAUCGAGAAAUUUUCGAACGUCAACCCAGCUAUCCCAGGACAGUGGACGAAGAACAAGUGGAGCCUGAUGAUCUGUUCCAUAUUGUUUUUGUUUAUGCCAAGGUUGAUUACGACACUUUCAUGGAUUUUUUAGGUUGGUUUAAUGAAAUUUUAAAAACUGUAGAAAAUAGCCAAUCUGUCAAGAUAGCAACUCAGGAUAGCGAGCAUUUCCCAUGUCCAUAUGAUGACAAUGUCCAUGACAUUUCUGAAAGAGCGAUGUUUAUCUUGCCAUUUCUCACGAAAUCCUUCUGUACUGAUGAAGUGCUAAAAUUCUUCACCAGUGAAGCAAUUGGAAAGACAAGGUUAGAUCAAACUUGUCCCAAAGGAGCGCUGGGAAAAAAAAUAAAACAGCAGAAGAAGUACGCUGUGAGACCUAUCCACACUGCAGACCCCCGUAGUGGUACAUAUCGUACCCCAACUGGCCUUACUAUGAUGAAAGGGGUGGAAUAUUACAGCAAAGAUAAGCAUGCCCGAUAUGUUAAAGACCAAGUAAUUAGAGUAGUCAAAGAAGCCAUCAAAAAGUAUGAAGAGAGAAAAAGAGUGAUGGUAAAUGUACCCACAACCUCAGAAAAUGAAAUGGAAAAUAUGUUGUCAGCCAUGAAAAAUGUUGAUCUAAACCCAGUAACCACUGAACAUGAUACAUCACUGGAGGUUGAUAGUGGACCCAGCAGGCAACACAACAUCACAACCUGUGAAAUGGCAAUAGGCCAGAAAGCAGGCAAUCUUAAUGAUGAGUUGAAAAAGUUGGAUGCAUUACUGAUGAAAUCAAAAUAUAUUGACCUCAGAGUGGAGGAUGUACCUGGUGACGGAGACUGUCUAUAUCACUCUUUCAUUCGGAACAAUCAUAUCCAUGGGCUUCCAGACGGUCCUAAAAAACUCAGAAGGCAGCUUGUAGAAUAUCUAGAAUCCAAUCCGAACACUCCAGAUGGGGUGUCAUACAAGGAUUUUUUGUGCCUGCCACUUGAUCAAGAUCACGGUAUCAUUGAGCCAGAGGACAUGGCCAUUGAAAGGGUUGAAAAUGUGGAAAAUCGAAAGGAGCUUAGAUGGCAGAGAUUUCUGAAGAAGGUCCAUGAGGGUGAGUGGGGAGGGAAUUUGGAGAUCCUGGGCCUCUCCCAGAUGUAUGAUGUUCCUGUCACAGUGUUAUCAGUAAUGGGAUCCCGACUCGAUGAAGUCAAGUUCAAUCACACUCACAAAACCACUAGGAAUCCGGUCAUUUAUAUUGGACACUUGAGGUUGAAUGGAAUAGGAGCACACUUUGUGGCAUUAAGACCUUGUGAAGAGAAAGCAGUUCAGCAGCCAGCAAAUUUUCAGCAUGGUGAGCCACUUAGGAAAACUGACGGUAACAGCUUCCUGUACCUAGAAGGGCAGAUAAUAUAUAAAGGAGAACACUCGGAGCGGAUUGGCUGUAUCAAGGUAACCCUUCAUGGCAAGGAGAGCCAUGGUACGGGAUUCCGAGUGGGCAGCAAGUACUUCAUGACAGCCUUCCAUGUAAUGGAGGAUGUUUUAAUUCUGUUUUGGGAAGAAGUAUACAGGAGAUUGACAGAGGAAGUACAAGGACAGAUGGAAUGGACAAAGGACAAAAAACCAGUUGAUGGAGCAUGGAAAUUGUCCAAACUCUUGCCAUUUGUGGACCCCAUCAAAAGGAAUGAAUUGAUGGAGAUAGGUAAACAAACCAUCACAAACUUGGUUCAAAUCAAAUUUGGAUUUGUGAGAGACAAUGAGUACAGUUCUCUUGCUAAGUGUUCAUAUGAAGUAGCAUUUGCCUCUCCAUCUCACGAUGUUGUCAUUCUGGAGCUGAUAGAAGAUACAAACUUACCGAAUCCAUUUCACCUAAAAACCAUUAACGCAGCAGCCACAAAUCUUCAUGUGAUUGGUCAUCCUGGUGGUAAAAAACUAGAGCAUGACCCAUCAUGCAAAAUCAUUAAGGACCAGAAAGAGUUAGAAAAUCUAGUGAAAGAGGGCAUAUCAUUCUUUACCAGUCGAGGUUACAGAGAGGACCAAGUUAAGGAAGAUUACAAGCCUUGUGUUCUGUCUCCAGACCGCCUCUUCUUCCAUUGUUCCAAGAGCAUAACUCAUGGCGCCUCUGGUUCACCACUCAUUGUCAUCAUCAAUGAAAAAGAGGCUCAAGUGAUUGGGAUGUUGCUUAGGGGACACCCCAAAUUCUACUACAACUAUGACAAACGAAACGGCGAUCGUCCCGAUCUGCUUGUAGAGUCAGGAAUCUCCAUGGAAAAAGUUCGUUCCCUGCUUGUUCAUCACUUUUUACUUGAUUUAGCCGCAGAUAUAUUCCCAGAGCAGUUCUAGAUUCAACAUCAACUGAGCUGCCUCAUGCAUAGCAUUAUAAGAGAACAAACUGAUAUGAAUUUUAAAAUACAGUUUUAUAUUAUGCAUGUUUUAAUUACCAGAGUUUGUGUUUAUGGAAGGAAGCAUUGUCUUGUGCCACGGUCCAGUGUCUCCAUAGCUCUCUCCUAGAUGUGAGUGGUAUUGGUGGUGGUUUGUGACCAUGGGAAGGAAGGCAAUACAUGCACAAUCAGUACACUACAAUGUAUUAUACAUGUGCAGUAAAACUUGUUUAGUACGAACAUGGAUAUAGCGACAUAUCGGAUAUAGCGAAGUUUUUUUGAGUCCCUGGAAAAAUUUUUAAAUUAUCUUUGCAAAAUUUUAAGGUUUUAACGAAUUUACGGAUAUAACGAACUGAUUUUGAGUUCCAUAAAGAUGAAUAAUGAUGAAAUUUAACACUUUUAUAGCAAAUUUCUUUACAGUUAAAAAAGUUUUCACUACUAUUUAACAUGAUAGUUUGGAUGAAUUUAUUUUCACAUAAAUUUCCAAUUUACGAUCCGAUCAUUAAAGGUAUAAAAAAAAAUGUACUUUCAUUCUAAGCCUCAAUUAGCAAAAACUGUAGUAUGGUGUAAGAAAACAUGCAUAUAGUGAAUUUGCUGUAUAGUUAUUAUUAAGAGUUCAUGAUAUGAAUAUAAUUAAUUAUGGAUAUAAUGAAGUAAAUCCACUGGUCCCUAGGACUUUGCUAUAUACUAGUUUUACGGCAUACAUUUGUCAAACCUGUGUUAAGAUUUUGAUGAUGACGUCCGUUAUAAAAUUUAAUCAAAUUUUGUUGAAAAUACAUGUGUACCUUUAACAUUGACCUUUUCUAUAUUUGAGGCAUUGUUGUUUAAUGAUAUAUAAUAUUUUUAUUAUCCAUUUUAUUUUACAAUAUCUAUAAAUAGAAGAGAAUGAAAAUAAUUAUUAAAAGUAACUUUUUAAGAAUUGUUUAUUUUUUGUAUGUUUAUUUUUUUGUGUUUAUGGAUUUUUAUUUUUUCAUGCUUAUUUUAUUUUUUUUGUUUGUUUAUGUUUUACAUUUAAAAUGCCCUUUCAAAAAAAAAAAAAAUUAGAUCUGUAUUAACAAACACAGUUUGUGUGAUAGAGAUAUGCAUUCCUGUUCCAUACUUGCGAACUUCAUCCUUCAUAAAUGUACACUGAUAUUUUUCUUGUGCCCCCUGUUAGUUCUGUUGUUUCAAUUAAUACUAUUGAAUGUAGAGUUUAAGAUCAAUUCUAUGUAAGAAUCAAAAUUCGGUGGCCACGCAUAGUCACGAAUUUUCUCCAUACUUGACAAUUUGAUAGACUUUGGUGAGAAAAAAAGCCUAACAACAUUUGUUUGUUGUUAUGUGGUCCCGUUGCCAUGGUAACCAAGGGUAAAGUUGUAAAAAUGACAUUUUAAUGCUUAUUUGAGAACAUAUUGUGAGUAAUGUGCAGAACUUGGAGUUUCCAGGGUAGAUUAUAUUAUUAAAAAUAGUUGUCAUUUUUCAAAAGAAAGAAAAAAAUUCAUGGAGAAACGCAUAUUUUUAGAGCGUUUCCAUGGUUACUUAACAGAAAUUUUAAAAUCUGUUUUCUUCAUCUAAUUUGAAUAAACAGUUGGAUUUUUUGGGAAACACUAUGAUGAUUGUGCAAUUAAAAAUUUAAAUAUGAAAAUUGAGAACCGUUGCUAUGGUAACAAGCUUAAAAAUAAGGAAAAUUAUAAUCAUUUUAGGCAUCUUUAAAUGGAUAUUAGUCACUUAUAAUGAAUAAUUAUAUAAAAUCAAAUGAUGAGAAAAAAUACAGUAUGUCCUCAACUUUAAUGGCACUUGAAAAAAAUCUUAAAUUUUCUAAAAAUAACUGCCGUUGCUAUGGACUUUUCAAAAAGUAAGAAUUUCUGUGUGAUUUUUUACGCAACUUAAUUUUCCUUAGCAACAACACCUCUCUGUUGCAUAACAAAGCUUUUUGUGGUGUAUAAUGAAAAUUUAGAUAUAUUUUUACAAGUUCCAACUAUAACAAUUGCAAAUACAAUCUAAACUCAGGAAUGAAAGCACAAUAAAAUCAUCUUCAAUUUCUCAGUUUUUCUUAAUUUUUGGCCUUGUUGCCAUAGCAACGGAUGUCAAUUUUCAUGAUAAAAUAUAUAUUGAAUGGAAAUUGAUAUGGAUGUAAAAAUUUAACAGUUUCCCUUUUCCGCUUAUUAAAAAACGGCAGAAAACUGAUUUCAAAAAUUUGUAACGGUUUCCAUGGUUACAUUUUAAAAGUAUUGGUUUCUCCAUAAAUUUUCUUAUAUAAUUAAAGACUUGAAAAUAGGACAAAGGUUGUUUUAUGUGUUUGAUAGUUUACAUUAGUGGGCAAAACCUUCUAAUAUGGCUUCAAAUUAAGUAAGUUUUGCUAUUUUCCCAUCUUUAGCCUCGAUUACCAUGGCAACGGUUACCCCCAGCAACCACUUUAUAAAGAUUUUUUACGUUUUACACCUAGGUGUGUACAUGUAUGAAAUAUAAGGAAAAUUGGUGACUAUGCGUGGCCAGACCCUUUAAUAAAUCAUUGAAUCUUACAUAGAAUUGAUCUUAAAUAACUUUGAUUUGUUUUAUAUGUAUAAUUAUUGCAUUUUCUGAAUGUUUAUAUACUUACUGUUUGUUUGAUUUUCAUUCAUAACUUACAUGUAACUUCAUUUUAUAUUUUGGGACACACAUUCUGUGGUAAUAUCAAGUGAUAUUAAGAUUCACUGUUUCAGAUUGUUUCAAAAUAGGCAGCAACAGCUAAACUAAUCUGUCUGUACAAACAUAUUUCAGUUCAUUGGAAUAUGUGUUCAUAACUCUAUAUAUGCAAUUGUUGCAAUAAGUUAAAGCUUAGUAAAAAAUUAUGCAUUUUAAACUAGGUACGUAUACAAAGAAAAUUUUUUGUGCAUAUUUUUAUAUUUUUCAUAGUAUGAGAGGAGAUGUAGAUAGAUGGCUCAGUCUUCGAGAUUUAAUCUGGAAGUGGUGUUAAAAACCAAUUCUAUUUUUGUAAAAGGUGAUAUUUCAUAACAAAAUAUUGCAUUAAAAUAAAUGAUAUCUAUAUAUGUAAUAAAGAAAUAUUUAUCCUAAAAUUUCUUUUUGCAUUUUUCUAAACAAUAUUUAAUUA